AGCGAUUCAACCUGUGGAAGCUGCGAUGACCAGCUGAUCCUCCCGCAGUGGAUAAAACCAGUCACAAUGCUCACUGACAAGUCAUGAUCUCCGAUCCCACGCGUGGCACUAUGUGAAUAGUUAUUUGGCAACUAGACAAAGGGAAAAAAAUAAUAUAUAAAGGAUUGAAGGAGUGUUUUUUUUUCAAUUAUUUUUUAUUUUUCUUUCUUUCUUUUUUUUGGUGGAGCUUUGGACCUGUUGACUACGGACGGACGCACAGUGCGCUCAGCCUACCUGCUGCCCACCGACACUCAAUUAUGUUGUUGUCAAGUUUUCUUGUUUUCGCCUUUUCUUGCCUUUUGGCGCCUUUGUUUCUCUGUUACCUGCCUCAAGUCUCGGCACAGAAGCCUGGUUCACGGUGGCUGAUUGGAGACAGAGACAGUCACUGUGGGGUCAUCUGCUCACGGACACAAGGGAAGCCGGUGUGUGGUUCGGACGGGCGGAACUAUGAGACAGGCUGCGAACUGCAGAGGGCGCGCUGCAAAGAUAAGACACUUACACUGGCACAUCGAGGCCGCUGUCGAGGUAAAAACUGGGCGAAAAUCGAUCAGAUGCCAGUUCCUCCAGUACCAACUUCUACAUAUGAGGGAAGAGACCUGGAACUCAAAGAUGCAGUUCAGUCCAAGUGCCGUGCUGAGAGGAACCAUGCUCUGGAACAUGCACGGAGACCUCAGGAGUCCAUGUUUAUCCCAGAAUGCAAUGAAGAUGGAACUUUUAACCAGGUCCAGUGCCAUACGCUUACUGGUUACUGCUGGUGUGUCACCAGUGACGGCAAGCCAGUGAGUGGCUCGUCUGUGCAGCACAGGAGACCAGUGUGUUCAGGGAAUAUCCGUGAAUAUAUGGGAACUCAUGCUGGGACAAGUGGAUUGUCAGGGUCAGUAACCGAUAAACCACCUGGACCACCAAACUCUGGUAGAAAAGUCUCUUUCCGUUUCUUUCUCACUCUCAACCCAGAUGAUGGCUCCAAGCCCACGCCCACCAUGGAGACCCACAUCCCCCCCGAGGGUGAUGAGAUAACUGCUCCAACGUUAUGGAUAAAACACCUGGGUCACAUGGAGAAUAAGCAGAACAGCUCCUCUUCCAGAAAGCAAGAGAAAGUUCCCUCUUGUGACCAGGAGAAGCAGAACGCCCUGGAUGAGGCUCGGCAGAGUCCUCGCGAUGACAUUUUCAUCCCAGACUGUGGACCUGGAGGUCUUUACAAAGCGGUCCAGUGCCACCAGUCCACAGGCUACUGUUGGUGUGUUUUAAUGGAUACUGGACGACCCAUUCCUGGAACUUCCACCAGGUAUCAGAUGCCAGAGUGCAACGGGACGCGCAUCACAGAAAUAGAGGACCCAUUCCAAGGCAGAGACCUGACAGGUUGCCCAGAGGGGAAGAAAACGGAAUUCAUUACAAGCUUAUUAGAUGCUCUCACCACAGACAUGGUGCAAGCCGUAACCUCACGAGCCCCCUCUGGUGGCGGGAGGUUUGCUGAACCCGACCCCAGUCAUAAUCUGGAGGAGAGGGUGGUGCACUGGUACUUUGCCCAGCUGGACAGCAACGGUAGCCAUGACAUCACCAAGAAGGAAUUAAAACCUUUCAAGAAGUUUCUGAAGAAGAAAGCCAAACCUAAGAAAUGUGCCCGCAAGUUCACCGACUACUGUGACCUGAAUAAGGACAGGGCUAUUUCCCUGCAGGAGCUGAAAGGCUGCCUGGGCGUCAACAAAGAUGGUGGGUCAACGACAAGUGGUAACCAAGGGACAAGGCAAGGGACAAAUUUGUUCAUAGGUCGUCUGGUGUGAGACAAGAGGGGUUGAGAAGCUGAGACGAGAGCAGAGGGCACAGAGGGAAGGCAUCUGUACGCUUGCUGACAGGAAAAAGAAAGAUGGAGCAGAAAAAUAAAGAGGUUCCUGAGUUUUUAAAAGAAAAUAUGAACAGAAAAACAAGAAAAGCAAACAAGCGGCACCAAAAUAUUUGCACUUUCUCCUCCCUAUGUUUGACAUUUUAUCUUUUAUCUUUUUUUAUGCUUUUCUUUUUUCCUCUUGAAAAAAAAAAGUCUUGGUAAAAAUCAGAAUAUUUUUUGUAAAGAGGCAGGCUCACCACUGGAGGAGCACAAAUGUGUAUGUUACCACAUCUCCCUGUAUGUUCAGUCUGCUGUUUUGAUUUUAGUCCCCCUGCUAACAGUGUGUGACCAAUAAAUUAUAGUAACAUCCCCUCUGCUACAUAUAGCAGCACACAGACCAGUGGCAAAUCUUAAAAGAGGAGCUGACAGUGAGUCACAUUCAGUCCAAAUGUUGCUCAAUAAAGACAUUAAAAUUUCAAAAAGAAGAGUUGAGUAACUGCAAACAUGCAAAUUAAUAUGGAUGUUUUUGAAAUUAAACUGCACCUAAUUUGUCAGCUCAAAAUUAGCUGCAUGAAUCUUCCUUGCACUGCAUCAUUCAUUAAAGAUGAAUGGACAUCUUGACUCAAGAAUAUAGACCUAUAAUAACAAUGUUUUUGUAUUUGAAGUACAUUUUGCCUAUCCCCCCCUCCAAUGCAAAACCGUCAUGUUGUCUGAAAAAGUACAUUUUUGGCUAACAAAAAGAUAAGAAAAAUACUGAUAAACAAAAAGGGAAAAAAAGUAAAAGAAAACUAUAAAAAUGUGUGAGGGAAAAAGUGCAAAGGUGCUUUCAUUACCAUGCCUCUUCUUCUCCUCCCUUUGUAGUAGCCUUUACUUUUUUAUCUUUACAACCAGUGAAACUUUUCUAACAGUUUACUGAUAAGUGGUGACACAAAGAUUCAAAUUUAAAGCAGCGUGUUUUAGUUUGUGAACAAAUAAAGGGUUCCGACACUGAAAUCUGGGACACACAGCCCUGAAAAUACUGCUUUAUAACUAGUUUCUUCACAGAUUUAACUGAUACAAAUCCAACAUCCACUUGUGCUUUAGCUCCGUUUUGGUCUCCACCAACUCCUCUGAAAAUUUCGAAUCAAUUUAAAAGAUUUUGGAAAUCUUUAAUCCAAACAGCUGCAAAGGUUGUAUUUAACAAUAUAAUGUAUGGAACACAUUAUAUUACAUGUAAACAGGUAGCAGAGCAAAGACAAUUAUGUAGUGUUUACUUUAACAAACUGCAAUGAUCUUAAAAGGAGGAAACGAGGAAGUUGACAGCCCUGAUGUGUGUGGUGCUUUCAAACACGGAGCUCCAGGUCAAGACCAAAAUAUAACAAAUAUUUUCACUUAAAUGGUUUCAGUCUUUCACCCUUUUUCUUUCAGUUUACUUGCUGUUUAUUAAACACAACUUGGUUAGGGUUAGGCACUAAAACUACUUAAUUUAGAGCAGCAUUUCAACAUACUUUGUUAGGUUUAGGAAAAUAUAAUGGAUUAGUCAAAAAUACAUUCUUUCACAAUAAACAAGUCCCCCUCUCUAACUUCCUGGUUGGCCUUAGCAAUGACAUAAACUAGCUAGAAGUAGAAAACAAUCAUGGUUGGUGAUAAAAUAAUUUCUUCUUACAACAUGAUCACCAACUUCAUGUGCUUGUUGCUUAGGUUACAUGUAAACUGAACACUCUACAGCAAAACUUUGUAAAUUCUUAUUUAGUUGAGUUUAUCACUUGGUUAAGUUUAGAUGUGAAAACUAUGAUUAGGGGUGUCAAUGUCAUUUUCAAUUCACAUGCAGUUCCUCUCAUGACCAAUAGAGGUCACAAAUUUUCCAACACAGGCUAUCAUGUUCUCCGUGAUCAAUGUAGUUAGUGGCAUUUAGGAGGACAUUUGCUUCAAACACAAAUGUUACAUUAUUAAAAAGUAUUUGUUUGGUUGCAUUGGUGAUGUAUCAAGCUUGAGAUUGCAUGUUCUUAAAAUAUAUGUUUAAGUCCUAUUUCCUGCUAAAACAGAUCAUCUUUGGGGGAAAGGAAGGACAAUCUUGAUAAAAAGCCUUAAGCUUUUACAUGCUUGAGUGUGUUUAUCACUUUUUUGUUAAAUACAUUUGGUUAAUUAGAGCUUAUUUUAAGUUGGAUGAAACCACUGAAACAGAACUACACUUUAAGCCACAAAAUAAUUAUAAUGAGACAUAAGCAGAAAAGGUCGUGCGUUGGACUGGCAACCUGUCCAGGGUGUACCCUGCCUCUUGCCUGUCAAUUGCUGGGAUAGGCUCUAGCUUUCCCACGACCCUGAGUUGGAAUAAGUGGUAUAGAAAAUGAAUGAAUGAAAAUCAGAAAAGUUUCUUUGAAUUGCAGAACUGAUAAUAACAGAUGCCACAGUUGACUAAACCUAGCCAAUAAAUGGAACAUGGUGCUAACAUGGCUUAGAAUAAGUGAGAGUGUAAAUCAGCCAAAUUUAAUUUCAUUCAUAUUAAUGUUUACUCCAGUUACUGAAACAAGAUGAAAGCUACCAACAGCUAAUGUCGGUAUUCAGUGAAACACUUGACACUUACUGAAGUUUCACUGCUUUAUGUAAGACAGGAAGGCCUCAAUAAUGCCUUUAAGGUUGUCUGAUGAAUAAGAAAGUGACUGAGCAGGGAAGACAAACAAUACUUGGAAUGUAAAAAUAAAAAUUCCUCCCCAUAUAUGGGAACAAUCAAGUUUCAAAUUAGGAGAAUCCCUCUUUUUGCAAUGAGGUCUGAAUGCUUGUGUAUUUGUUUUGAGUUGUGUAUUUCCCAAAAGUCACUGAAAUGGCUCAUGAACAUAAGAAAAAAAAGGCUUCUGCUGUAAAUAUGUACAAUAACCUUUGUUUUCUUUUUUUUUUUUGUUUCACUAAAUCUCACUGUGGGGGCAUUUGUAUGUACCUCUCUGUCAUUGUGGCUUCUUGUAAAAAAGAUAUAAUUCUCUCUCUGUUUACAUUAUGUCAAACCUUAGGCUCUUACAGUAGCUUAUUCAAAAACAUGGAAAAGCUUAGACCGGACUGCAUUUUAUCUUCUGUAAGGACUGGUUAUUUUAUCUGUACUGUGGUUAUUUUACUACUCCAGCUUGUGUUUUACAGUUUCUGUCUUCAUCACUACACACCGUCAAGAAUGUAUACAGUUUCUGGUGCUUAAUUCAUAACAAUCACAAGUCCAGUCAUGUCUCAUUUAAAUUAAACAUAUUCGCCAAGAAUGAGAAAAGAACGUUGUCUUUCUCCUGAACGGCUGUUUUAAGUCAAACUGGAGCACGAAGCUGGUGCGUGCCUGCUGAAGUGCUUCCAGACGCUGCAGAGCUGCAGAUCACUACACAAGAUCUAAAACAACCUAAUAGGCUGAUUAUCACUGAAGAUCCUGAUCGGGGGACGUAGCGAAGAAAGGGCUGCAGCCAACUGUCACUCGGACAGAGAAAUGCUAAAAUUGUCACAUGAAUCAGCCCCAGCAGGCUCAUCAGGACCAUCUUUUGUGAUUUGAAAUGUUUCUUAUUAAUUGCUGAAGAAUAAAAUCUGAAGGAAAACAAAUAAAGUUGGUCAAUAAAA